GGGGCUGCAUUCUCACUUGUGGAGAGUUAAUCCCUUUGUUAUCUUUCGAAUCUAAACUGUAGCACUUUAUUCUUAGGAGGAUUCAACGCCCACAACCAAAGAAUAGCAAGUGCCACAGUGGUAAGCUCAAGAAACGCUACAGAGCAUCUGGAUAUGUAACUUUUGCUGCAAGUGAAAAUUUCUGCUUCCAUCUAUCUACGCCAAAGCAGCAGCAACAACAAAAUGUCUUUGACUAAACGCAAAGUCCAUUCGCCAUUAAGGAGGCGUACCAAGUGCUCGAGGGCAGAAAAACUUAGCGAUAACAAAUAUUUACAAACCUCAGGAAUGCAAAUUGACAAAGCUAUCAAUAACCCAAGCAUUUCGGACGAUCCUGUAGUGCUACCUUCCAAAAGAGUUCUUGACGCGAUUGGCGAAAGGCAGUGCACGCGCCAGCGCCAAGAAGUAAUAGACGAACUGGAGAAUGCGAAAUUUCGGAUGAACAAAAUAUUGAGCAGUUUACAGGAGUUCGAAACGGAGGACCAUCGUGAGGUGCUGAAAUCGUUAUACGAGGCUACAGGGGAGGUACCACCUCGUUUCCUAUCGAUCCAUAUGGGACUAACAUUCUUGCCGUCAACAGUUCCGCCGGAUGAGGUCCGAGUGCUGACACAAAUGCUAAGUAGCUCUGAGAAGUACAAAGGUGUCAGGACUGAGCGUGAAAUGCUUAACCAGUGUUUCCAAGAGAUUUGGCGCCUGCGUUAUCAGCAUAAGUACGACAUGCUUCAAGGACUGACUAACACGAGAGAGAGAGCAGACUUUCAAUCUAAGCUGCUGGUGCAACUGAGCGGCUGGCUGGAAGACCAGCAUGAGACACUGAUUGACAGCUUAGACAUGGCCUGCAGAGAUAGCGAAAUCCAGAAAUUGGAUGAAGUCUUGGAGACACAGCUGCAUGCCUGCGUGCAGUAUUUGAUAACAGCCUUUCAAAAGACAAGAGAAGCAACCGAUGCACUGCUCGACAAAUUUCGGUUACUCAACGUCGAAAGCUUGGAGAUAUAUGAGCCCACGCCGCACCCACCGAAACCAGAAGAUGUACAGGGAUUUAAUGUUCUACCCGCGCAGACACUUUUGAAGAAAAGGAACAAGUGGGACUGGGCUUCGAAGAAGAUCUCCGAUCUGCUGAUACUUGCAAUUAAACAUACAAGAAAUCCCCCUCUGCACUCUGCUCUAGCGACCGCGAUUGCCCUCUACACUAACAUGACGAAGGCAGCUAAAGUACACUUAGAUGCCUUACCAUCUGAGGAAAAAGCCAUCCGCAAGCUGAACAAAAAACUGGAGGAGACGACUGAGCAGGCGGCUACGGAUAAACAAAAGCUGCACAGCGCGAUAGAACUCAACAGGCAGCUGCAUAUCCAGUUGGAGGAGCUCAAGAACUCUAAUAAAGAUGCUCAGGAGAAAUGCGAACAGCUUAGUCAAAACAUUCAGCUGCUGAGUGAGUCUUUGACAACAACGAAACAGGAGAACAUCAAAAAGCAGAUUGAAGCGGAAAUGGAAAAGAUUCAGCAAACGGAGGUACCAAAAAGGACGACAAAAGAGGAUGGAGCAGAUGACAUUAUUGAAUCAGCACUCCAAUCUUUAAAGGAAGCAGAAACACUGAAAAGAGAAUUGAUGGAACUAAGUAAAGAAGUAGCAAAAAUACUGAUGAAGACAACUUCACCAAGACUGCAACAAACAGAGACAACGCAAGCUGAAUUUCUUUCCCGGGACCUGCUAUCCAUACCAACGCAGUCUGAUGAGGAGGAAACCAGGGAAUCCGUCACUAAAAGACUACAAAGCAGGAUCAAUGAACUCGAGCGUGUCUCGGAUAAUCUUAUUGAAGACGUUAGUCACUUACAAGACAACAUUGAGGCACUGAAAGCGUUCACGUCUGACUCUGAAGAUGACAAGAAGCGAAAAAAACCUAAAUCUAAGGAAAGAGUGAUCCCUGAAGAGGACAAGAAGCGAGAAAGACCUAAAUCUAAGGAAAGAGUGAUCCCUGAAGAGGACAAGAAGCGAGAAAGACCUGAAUCUAAGGAAAGAAUGAUAAUUGAGAUACAAUUCUCAGGAAAGGACCCAUACACAUCCCAGCUGUCUUCUGUACCCAGUUACUCGGAUACGACAGUUCCGGCCCCGUCUCCACAAGUUCCAUGGAUGGACAUCGCACGCACCGACUGCAUCGAGACUCUGAAGGUUCUGGCCAAGUUCGCCUCCGGCAUAUCCUCCAUGCUUAGCGAUUUCGGUGCUGAAGUCUUGGCCAGGGGGAUGCGGACAGCAAAUACCAAAAUCAUAAGGCUGCGAUUACAUCAGCAAGCUGUGAUCCGCGAUAUUUCAUCAGGAAUUGAUGAGUUCUUUUCAGUGGUAAGGGCAACUGUAAGAAAGAUUUUUAUCACAAUUCAACCACUUGAAGGAGGGGACAUGGUGCCUCAACAAACGUCGAGAGAGAUGUUGAAGGAGAGCAGUCCGAUAACGAUGGACGACAUAAUGAAAUAUAAAAGCAAGAAUUUGAAACUGGAAGAACAGUACAGGACACUGUUCUUUAUGCACAUGCGCCUUUGUGAAGUAUCAAGGGACCUAGAGAGUAAAAAAAGUUACUUGGAAGAUUCUAGGCAACCAGAAGAAAUGGCCACAGAUGUUAAUCAGAAGAGGGAAAAGUGGUUUUCUUUGGAAAAAGGCCGAUUUGAGAAUGAUUUAUGGAUUGGUGGAAAACAAGUUAAGACCAAUUGGCAGAUGAUGAUGGAAGCCUACUUUAAAAAUAAACUCUCGCACAAAUGUGUUGAAACAGGACACAAUGCAUUUCAAGAGAUUUUUGACAUCUUUGAUGAGAAGAUGGCUUGUCUGGUGAAAAUAUGUUACCUUAAGUCACAGCUUCCUCAAAUGGAUGGAUUUUUUGACCGGAUGAGGAAAAGUUUUUCAGAGGACACAUCCAGGCAAUUCCAUUUUGAAAAGUAUAGACAGGCUUGCUACAACAGGGUGAUGGACAAAGUAAAUGCUGCAAAGAAUCGUAUGCAAGAACUACAGAGAGCUAAGCAAGAACAGAUGUACAAUAUGUGGAUGGUCAUAAACCACAUACUACUGGAGACAGGCCUCUUGCUAAUCUGUCCACGUCCAAAAGGAAUGAAUAACAUGGGAAAGUAUGACAAGGUUAGAGACAUGCAGCUAAGGUCUGCUGCAGGUGACAGAGUAUAUGGAAUUUGAAGUUCUUGGUUCAUAUUUUAACCAGAUAUUCAUAAAAGAAGGGACAGUGAGGCAGGAAAGUGAAGCCAGGCUGCGGGACAUUCCAGCGCAGUCGC